GUCAAACAAUAGAGUAUUUAAAAUUAAAGCAGAUAUUGACUAUUGUUUGUUAGGCAAGAAGUACUGUCUGUAUUACUACAAGCCAUAGACAAUGGCUGGCAAUAUGACAGCGGAAAGUGCGGCAGAUCUGGGGCUCUGUGUAAAAGACACGGCCAUACAGUUUACGGAACAACUGUUGUCCCUCUUCUACAUAUUGUCGCCUUUAGAUCACACCAAAGAUCACGCAAAGGAUGUCCCAAAUUAUGAAGUGGCCUUGUUUCCAGCGGCCGGUUUGCUAGUGGUGUUGGAACAGAUCAUUAGGUUUUUCCAGAAAAAGGACCUGUCCCGAUUCCAGGACAUUGUUGUCAAUAUAGGCUCGUUGCUGUUGUUUACGUUAACAAGAGCCAUAUUGUUAGGUGUGGUUGUUGUGGUGUUUUCAUACAUUUACGACAACUACCGCAUUGUGGACUUGCCGUUGCACUCAGUCUGGACGUGGCUUUUCUCGCUACUGUUGGUCGAGUUCACGUACUACUGGACCCAUCGGGCACUUCACGAGAUCAAUAUCUUUUGGGCGGCCCAUCAGUUCCAUCACAUGGCAGAGGACGUCAACAUUACCACAACAAUCAGGGACUCAGUGGUCGAUCUGGUCCUUUACGAUAUAUUCCCGAUGCCACUGGCGGUGAUAGUGCCGCCGCCCAUACUUAUAGUGCACAUCCAAUUCAGUCUGAUAUACCAGAUAUGGCUGCACAACGAAGUGGUGGGCCAUUUGGGGCCCAUUGAGUACAUAAUCAAUACUCCCCGUCAGCAUCGCGUACAUCACGGAAAGAAUCCCUACUGUAUUGACAAGAAUUAUGGGGCGCUUCUCAUGAUAUGGGACCGCAUUUUUGGCACAUAUCAGGAGGAAAAGGAAAAGAUUGUGUUCGGAGUCGUCUCCCCGACGCCCAACACAUUUGACUCAAUGACCCUUCAGUUUGGCUAUUAUCGAGAUGUGGCCAAAAAGUUUAAUUCCGUCGAUGGUAUUGGCAAUAAGCUGUCGGCCCUAUUCAAGGGCCCGGGAUGGGGACCCGGCAAACCACGACUUGGUUUGCUCAAAGAGGUGCCCGAACCCGAUCCGGCCGCUCCCAAGUACUCAUACGAUCCGUUUAUCCCGUUGUGGCGCAAGUUUUAUGUGCUAUUACACGGCACUAUCGUUUUGGUGGCAUUCAUACAAUUGGCCGAUCAUCCAUAUAUUCUAUACUCAGCUCUCAAGGGAUUUGCUGGGAUGCUAUACAUUAUCCUCUUUCUAACAUCAAUCGGCGCUAUUUUUGACGGCAGAAAAUUUGCGCCCAUUUUGGAAAUAAUCCGAUGUCUGGUAUACUUUCCGGUGGACUAUUAUUUGGUGGAUUCAGUCAAGUGGGCCAUCGAUGAUAACGAGCGGUUUGUAUUGUACUCAUCCCUAUGGAUGAUCCGAGUGUCGCACAUACUGUCCAUAAUGUUUUGGUUGGGUUACGCCUUAUUCAACAAAUAUGAGGAGCCGUCGACACCCAAAGUGAAAGACGUGGAGGGACUGGACGUGUUGGCCAAACCGGCCGAUAGUCGUUACGAGCAGAUCCUCUUCGCACUCGGACUCCUCACUCUCUUUGUGUCGUUUGGUUUUGUGUACACUUAUAAUAUCGAUAGCUGUAAACAUGUGACACAUGCUGUG